CUAACUAACAGCCGUCGACCAACCCCAGGCACAUAUCUCCGCCGUCGCCGCCGCCAAGAUGCAGAACGAAGAGGGACAAAACGUGGAUCUCUACAUCCCCAGGAAAUGUUCCGCCACAAAUAGACUCAUCACCUCGAAGGAUCACGCUGCUGUCCAGAUUAACAUUGGACAUCUAGAUGAGUAUGGCAUUUACAAUGGUCACUUCACCACUUUUGCUCUCUGUGGAAAAGUCAGAGCUCAGGCUCGUUUGAAUCUCUGUGUCUUUUCUUUUUUCUAUUCUUGUAGUUGCAGCUAGGUCUAGUUUUGCCAUGUUAUGUGCUGAGAUCCCUUGUGGUUUAAUUAAUGCCCUUUGGGAGCUUGAUUUGGUUCUUAGUUUUCGAUACUGAAUAUUUCAUACAUUAGAAUGUUAGUAGCCUUUUUAAUCUGUAUGAUUUAAGAUGUGUUAAGAGAUGAAUUCAUCACCUGCUGGAUGCAUUUAUAUGUUUGGGCUUCUGAGUUCUGAUCUGGUUGGGGAUGGGGAUGGGGAUGGAUGUUGUAUUUUUUGUUAACAUUCCUUGGUAUUGCUUUAUGAAGGUUGUAUCAUGAGGUUUUGGAAUUAACUUAGUGAAAUAUU